GAACGCACCAGAUAAGGGUUUUACUGAGCAUGCGUUGGAAAUGCUAACACCUCUGUUUAGCUGCGUAGCGUUCGAGUCUGAAGUCUUUUGUUUGUUUGAAAAUAAUUCCGCUUUAACAUGACUGUAAUCUGUGAUUUAUGAGUAUCUGAGUGGCUGCGCCGCCACGUCGUAUACAAACAGUAGUUUAAAACAAGUUAACAGCAGUUAGCAUGUUGUUUAUGUUAGCCUGUGUGAUGGGUCUCAUUUAGCCACAGUUCAGCUUCAAGCUAACAGUUGCCGGUAAGUCGCAGGAGUGAGACAUCAAAUAACGGCCAGAUGAAAGCCUUACGCUUCGUGUAAAACGAGUUUGUUAACCGCUACCAUGAUCAAGUUUGUGCUCAUGGUGAACCGGCAGGGCCAGACCAGGCUGUCCAGGUACUACCAACCCGUGGAGCUGAGCAGGAGGGCGGCGCUGGAGGCCGACGUGGUGCGCUGCUGCCUGAGCCGCCGGAAGGAGCAGUGUUCCUUUGUGGAGUAUAAAGACUUCAAACUGGUCUAUCGCCAGUAUGCUGCGCUGUACAUCGUGGUGGGAGUCACAGACAGCGAGAACGAGCUGUCCGUCUACGAGCUGGUCCACAACUUCGUGGAGGUUUUGGACAAAUACUUUAGCCGUGUGAGCGAACUGGAUAUCAUGUUCAACCUGGACCGGGUUCACAUCAUACUGGAUGAGAUGAUCCAGAACGGACACAUCGUGGAGACAAACAAGAGCCGUGUCCUCACACCGCUCACCGCCCUCGACAAAAUGGCCGACGGCUAACAAACGGGAAGUGAUGUCACAGUCUUUCAGACUCGAGGCUCAACAGAUGUUUCUAAGGACUUAAAGGAAUCAAAUCCUGUUGCCACCGAGUCAACAUGAACUCUAAUUAGCAUGUUAGCCAAUUAUCCCAGUAUGGGCGUACGUGAUGAUUCUGAGUGAAAUCUUUGACCCAAAACCUGAGGGAUUAAAGGGUAAUUUCACCCAA